GCUAAAAAAUGCCUUUUUGUGAUCCUUGUUCGAAAAAACAAAUACUCAUAUUGAUCAUAUUUGGAUUAAAUUUCUACACAGUCAGUCUUGCAGUAAAGUCGUGAAUAUAGUGAAUUUAUUAUAACAUAUUGGUGCAGAAAUUCCCUGGAAUGGAUGUUCGCAAAUAUACAAGGAGGGCUCAAAGAACACCUCUGGGGAGUAUACAGGACGUUGUAGAGCAGGGUCACAAAGGGAAUGAAGCUCAAGAAAAAAUAUGUAUUGAGAAAAGAUGUCCUGCUAAGUCAAAAUGUGUCCCAACAUGUCCGGGCAAGUUAAAACAUCCACAUUUGUCACCCAUCGAGCAUACAAAGGGAAAAAAGAUAGUGCCUGGCAUUGCCGAGUCAACACGCCUUCCACAUAAACCUUUAGAAUCAGCGACAAAAUCGGACACUAUGAAGGUGCAGAAAUUCCCUGGAAUGGAUGUUCGCAAAUAUACAAGGAGGGCUCAAAGAACACCUCUGGGGAGUAUACAGGACGUUGUAGAGCAGGGUUACAAAGGGAACGAAGCUCAAAAAAACAUAUGUAUUGAGAAAAGAUGUCCUGCUAAGUCAAAAUAUGUCCCAACAUGUCCGGGCAAGUUAAAAAAUCCACAUUUGUCGCCCAUCGAGCAUACAAAGAGAAAAAAGAUAGUGCCUGGCAUUGCGGAGUCAACACGCCUUCCACAUAAACCUUUAGAAUCAGCGACAAAAUCGGACACUAUGAAGGUAAAAAUCCCAUCAAAAACCACAUCGUUAAAUACUGGUACCAUACCUAAAACAGGUACCAAAAUAACAAUAAAUAAUAAAAGUAGUACCUCUUCGAAAACCCAGUCGUCGUCCAAAACGUCUGUUACUAGUUCCAAGUUACCAAUACAACAAUCUUGUACCAUCUCCCAGCCAAUAAAAAGACGUGAUUUGAACGAGUGUCCUACGUUGCCAGCUCAACAUUUCAUCACUCUAACUCAGGAAGAAUCGACAUCUUCUUCCCGCUUCCUGGGUAAUAUAGAAUAUACUAGGGAUACCUGGUAUUUCUGUGACGAAGAGCCUUUUAUAGAUGGUGCGAUGUUUUUUCAAGGGGUACUAGCAAGAAAUUCUCGAAAUUCUGAUACAACAGUACCGAUAUCCAGUCUGCCAACAGUAGAAGCAGUACCGGUAAGAAGUGUUUUUAAUUCGUUUCAAGUCAAAAAUCACAAACCCGCAGUUAAAUCCACCUUAAAUCGGCGAUCUACUACCAAUCGUCAAAUACCAUUUCCCUUGCUUUUAUGUCCGAACUAUUUACAGGAUAUUGUACAGUAUUUAUAUCAAAACAGAUACAACUAUCUGCUAAAAAUGGAAUGGCUGAAUACUUUUGUAGACACAAGGGUUAGAACAGCAUCUGUCAACAGGCUGUUAGAAAUCACCGACAACUAUCUGCAAACUUCUGAAACAGUAUAUUUAUAUUUCAUGGCAGUAAGGAUAUUUGACUAUUCAAUCGUCAGUUUAAAAUUAAAAAACAACUCGUACACGCUUGCCUCAUUGGUCAGUCUAUGGAUCAGUGCAAAGUUUUAUGGAAUGAACAGAUCUAUUAAGGCCACCCAUCUGCACACGUUCAGCGGAGGGAAGUACUCAAAAAGUCAAAUAUUAUCAAUGGAGAGGGCAGUUCUGUCCAGUUUGGAUUUCUGUCUCAACAUAGCGGAUCCCCUGAUAUUCCUAUACGGAUAUCUAGUUUCUUUAAAUCUCGAAAAUGACCAGAAAUUGAUAUACGCCUCCACUUUUGCCAUGGAAUGUUGUACGCUGUACGAGCCCUAUCCCGUUACGGACCCAGUCCUAUUAGCCGCCAGCUCCCUUUAUGUAGCUUACCGAACACUAAACAGCACCAUAGAGGGCCUGGAAUCUGAAGAGUAUUGUCAGCGGUACAAGUUGAAGGACAUCGAGUGGUAUGUCGAUACCGUUUUGACACCCUGUAUACGGAUGACUGUCAAGAAACACUACUUACCCAUAGAAAGGUAUUCUACGAUCGAGAAACUGCAAAUUUCGAAGGUAUUUCUCGACACUUUAUUAUAAUUUUUGUUGAAUUUUUUGUCUAUUUUAUUUAUAUAACUAUUAUUUUUUAUUAUAUUUUUAGUGUUUUAGUAGAAAAUGUUAUAUUUGAUCAUGUUUCUUGUAAUAGUAUUUGUUAUGAAUUGUUUGUUGUCUUAUAUUAAUUAUUUUUAUCUAUUUAACAAUUAUUAAUACUAUUUUUAAAUAAAAUAACGUAGGAAAAUA